AUGUCGUCAAUCGCACGACCGCCAGACCCAUGUCUGGUCGCGAUCAUCCUAAUCGUGCGCUCCCGCGCCGGCCCUCGCUUCGUAUUCCAUUAUCCCCCAAACCCCCUCAGUGAGAACGGACUCCGCGCAGCACCCAAAGGCCGCCGCCCCUCACGCGCCAAAUCCGCCAAGAGCAACGAUUCCAGCUCCAGCGAAGAGUCCGGCUCGACGUCCGAUGAAGACGAGGAGGAGGCGCAUGCCCAGAGUCAGAAUGCGAGCUCAGCUGAUGUUUGGGAGAAGUUGUUGAGUCCGUCCCGGUCGUGGCAUAAGCGGCGGUUUGAGGUCGGAAUUAAUGAUCUGGCAUUUGUUGGGUGGCCGGUCUUUGUUCGAGAGGAUGGCACUUGGAGGAAACAGCGAAGGAAGAAGAAGAAGACCAAACCGGAGUGGGAAGGAGGUGAACUUGGUCAUAAUGAAAUACCAGGGGAUGUGCGCGAUGAUGCCGAUGAGGCUAUCGCAGCUUCAACGGAAACCUUGAGCCCGCAUACGAUGACAGCAUCUGAAUCUCAACGAGCAUCGAUGGGAAGCAUCAGGAGUUCAAGGACGCUAAGCGAAAUGCUGGAUGGCGAUGAUAAGGAUUCGAUGACCAUGUUCAAUGUGGUGUUUGUAUUGGAUCCUCCGCUGUUGGAGUACUCCAUGCGCAUCCGAGAGAUCUACGAUAAUAUCAUCAAGAAGUUUGCUAAAGCACUGAAGUGGGAGCAGGCGCGAACGGAUUACGUCUGGCGGGAGGCUCAGCAUAUUUCACAUAUCAAGGAGAAAGCGAAAGAAACAAGGACGUCUGUCAAUACGCUCUACUCUGAACUCAUAAACCACUCCUCCCUAGCGAGGGCAAUAUACACAGUCUACAGCAAUAUUUCAGCGUCCAAGAUCGCUUCCGUUUCGCUGAGCCCGGACGUCUCUAUUUCGCUUCAAAUCCCUCCUCUUACCUCAACGCCUUAUCUCCCUGGGCCAGGUGACAAAGCGUACCCAGGUCUUUGGCUUACAACAGCAGAUAGCGUUACUCCCGCCGAUGACCCCACCGCUGAUGAAAACACUGCUCCGCAUCAGGUGCUAGCUAAACACUUUGCGUUAUUGUUACUUAGUGACGAAGCGACAAUCCUCAAAGACGUAGAAGCAUCGGGGGGUGCUCUAGCUCCCGCCCUUGCUCACUAUAUCCGAUGUUCCAAGCCGACGAAAUCGUUUGCGCAGAUAUCUGCUUUGUCAGGAAUACCGCUUUCCACCAUACAGAUGUUGGCGAGCCAUCUCGUGUACUGGAGGCGAGCACGGGCCAUCCCACCACUCCACCAGCGAGAUGUGUAUUUCGUCUCUCCGAACUGUGACCUCAGCAAACUAGAGGUAGCUACCGCCGCAUAUCAGUUGGCGUUUCCCACCCUUCCCAGUCUACCGAAGAUGUUGUCGGCCUUGAGUGGCACGCCUAGACCCUACGGAAGCUUUAUCCCGAGUAAAGACCAUAAGGAAGCCUAUUUUGCGAUCCUAGCAUGGUUAUUACGGGGAGGAUGGGUGACUCAACUCCGAACGUUUGCGCGAGUCAAGGUGUCUCCAGAGAUUAAAAUGGCAGUGGAGAGGGCUCUUCGACGUGAGGAAGUGGACAAAUACCUGAGCAAACAAGGAUCGUCCAUACUCUCCGACCAUAGCAAGCACAAUGGCGACACAUCAAAGAAUGACGACGACGAUGCUAGUUCGUCUUCAUCAUCCUCUCUCGCAAGCCAAGACAGCGGUGAGGAAACGCCAAUGCCUGGCCGGUAUAAACCUGACAGCAAACUACACCUCUCGCAUUCGCUCCUAGACCAAGACACCUCCCUGAAAACGGCAUCUUUGAUUCUGUUCCCACAUCGUGCGCCGCCAUUAGAGUCUCGAUGGCUAGAUGAGAUCGUUUCGCGAUUCCCUAAGCAGCCCAGGUUCUCAGUGAGAGGACGAGCUAACAUCGAUGAGAACGACCCGGAAUAUGCAGGGCUUCGAACCGCAAUGAAGGACUUGUGGCCGGUCUACAUUAAGUACUUCAAUGGUAUGGAUGCCCUCGAGAAGGUUCCAGUGCGUGAGAACCUAAAGCGCAAACUGGUGUGGCAGGUCCUCACACGUCUGGGACUGGUCACCGGCUCGCAGUCAUACAUCGAAUUGGACCCCAGUGAGCAGGUGUUGAUCGGUGUGAGACAUUGGUAG